AUGGCUUCCCUGACACCGGCAGACUCCGAUCGCCUCCGGCCAACCGGCCUAGUCUACCUCGCCAGAACCCUGCAGACCAAGGAGAGCGUGCGCCGUUGGAGCCAGGCCCUACGAAAGUGGCGACCGCCGCAGGCCCCGCUGCGAGUACACCUGGAGCACAACAACCUCAACGAGCACGAUGCCGCCGAGCUCCUCCAGGCCAUCGGCGGAGAAGUCCAGGCGGUGUACCUGCACCACAACGACAUACGGUGCUUGGAACCCCUCGCGGCCUUCAUCGACAAGCAUGCCGAGACCUUACAGGAGCUGCACCUGAGCCACAACCGCCUCUCCACAGGGGCGACACGAGCCCUACUUCUUCAGCUCGGCGACAACAGACCCAGCAGCACUGGGACGCAGAUCGGCAGCAUGUGCUCCUGGCUGAGGCUAGAAUUCAAUCACAUCGACGUGGAGGAGCUGCUGAAUCGCCUGCCGCCGGGCAUCCAAGCAAGGCUGCAGCUGGAAGACAAGGGAUGUACCCCGGAGCGGUGCCACUGCAAAAAUCGCCGGCAUGUGAAGCGCAUUCACUCGAAGCUCCUGGCACUACAGCGCCCGGCCACACCCGAAGACGAGAUCCACCGCCGCGAGGGACGCAGUGAGCCAGCCAAACCACAAGGCCGGCUCCAGCCGCCCGCAAAGCCCGAGAAUAUCCCGAGUGCUGCCAAGCAGACACCCCAGCAAACAGGGACUGCCGACAACCACAAGGCACAGUAG